GUGACUUAUUCCAAGAUACCGCAUUUCCAACUUGUUCAGUCUGAUACUGCGAUGUUGGCGGCAGUUGGCCUUCACAUUAAUCUUUUAUAGUAUAUUCAAGUGUAUAAUUUAAAUAUUUUAUUACAUAUUGUUUAAUAUAUUUUAUAAGUUGGUUGGCUUACAAGAAAAAAAUAUAAACAUCUAUGAUAUAAAAUUAUAAUCAUAUUAUGAUUCUACAAUUUUUUAAAUCAUAGUUUUGUUGUUGUCGUCAUCGUCAUCACCAUACUAUAACUCGUAAUCGCCUGUAAUAGAUAUAUACGUACACGUAUAUAGAUCACUACACGUGUUGACUAUUGGAAACCACUCGCCAUACAAAUUAUUACAAUUGUAUAUUGCUCACCUGAGUUACUUACUCGUCCCGUUCUCAUCGCGACGACCGAGACUCGGUUUGAGUCGCCACCGUCAUCAGACUUCUGUUUUAUCGUAUAAUCAGCUCGUGGAGCACCAGGCGAGAACGCUGCAGCGGCUCGACCAUGUACGCGGUAAUACAGCUAGACUCGGAGAACCACAGGCUCCGGCCCAAAAGGGUCAAAAUGGAGUUUGUGUGCAAAUACUGCAACCGGACGUUCAACAAACAUUAUUCGCUGCUUAUACACGAACGCAACCAUAUGCCAACGGUCAACUACCGGUGCGAGAUGUGCUACAAAUCGUUCAAACGGCAGGACAGCCUGCAACAACACAGAUCAACUCAUAGUCCAAAUUACAGAGCUGGGUACGCAUUGCAGCUUUGAAAAAAUUGUGAUAUGCUAAAUUAUUGGCAAAUUGUUGUAAUGAAGUAAAUGUAGAUAGACAGACAUUAACUAGGUAGUUGUUAAGUUGUAGUACUAAUAAGUUUAUAAUUUUGAGCAGACUGGUCAAUUUUUUUACUUUUUAAAUUAAAAAAUAUGUAG